GUUGAGGAAAAUUUUAAAAGAUUUUAAGUUUAAUUAAGUGUAAUUUUAAUGGGUUCACUCUCAAAAAAAUCUAUAAUUUGGAAGCUAUUAUUAAAAUCCAUAAUAUUUAAUAGCAUUUCCUAUAUCUUCAAAUUAUCUGCAUGUUCUGAUGCAACCAUUCCGCAAACUGCUACUACUGACACAUAUAAUUCAUUAUUUCGAUAUAGUAUGAAAUACUACCAAAGAUAACUGUGAAGCUAAUGCAGAUACAAAUUGCACUAGUUUUCCUACACAGGUAUCCCUUUAAGGGAUGGUGUUGCUAUUACUUUAGUCAACUUUUGGACAGUUUAAGAAGGCAAAACAAAAAAAUAUUUUGUAAAGCUGGAACAGAUCUCAAUUUUGAUACUGCAACAUACGAGGAUAUUCCAAGUUCAUAUUCCUUCUGCUGUUACUUAACUAAGUGGAAAAAAAAAAUUCUUUUAAUCUAUCACUUAAGAUGGAAAACCUUGCACAUAUGAUGAGAUAAAUCUUUUGCUCUUGAUAAAUGUGAUUCUCCAGAUACAUGCUAUUCAUAUAAUGGACUAACAGGUGAAGAAGCUGUUAAAUAUGGUUAUUGACUUAACAAAGUAGAUCAUUCAUUCAGAAAUGUGCUGAUAC